AUAGCAUUUAUGUUGAAUGAUUGGGAAAAGUCGCUGAUUCAACAACAUAUCCGAAAACAAAACAUAAUUUAUUGUUAUUUAAAAUAUUGUUUAAACUUUUGUAUAACUUCUCAGCAAGUACAUAAUUUUGAUAGAAAAAUAGUUAAGAACAAAAUAAUUUUGAUUUGUAUAUCCGAUGAAUUGAAAAUUCUAACAAUGAUUUAUACUUCAUAAUAUUCAAUAUGUAAUUGC